ACAUUCUUUGUGAAUAAGAACUGGUAUUCUUUGAAGACGCGUUCAGCUUCUACAAAGAUCCUGUUUAUUUAAUGACAAAACGAGUUAAUUAAUAAUCUAAAGGAUGAGCGGAAUGCCAGGAGGACCAAGGGGCCCACCCCCUGGUAAUUUCCAACCGGGUGGCUGGUCAGCUCCACCCAGAAUGCCCCCACAAGGAUUUCAACCGUUUCGCAUGAAUAUGGGGAUGCAACCACCGCCGGCAAUGCCACCUCAUAGACCCCCCGGUAUACAGACAAGCGAUUCGAACUCUCCUUCGACUUAUUCACCCCAUUUUGAUCCUCAAAAGAAAUCCCCUUGGACGGAACAUCAAGCGGCUGAUGGGCGGACCUUUUUUUACAAUUCUGAGACGAAAAGAUCUGUUUGGGAGAAACCAGAUGAUUUAAAGUCAAGAUCGGAACUGUUACUUUCUCAAUGCUCCUGGAAAGAGCAUCGUGCAGAUGACGGGCGCAUCUAUUACUAUAAUUCUAAAACGAAAGAAUCGAUUUGGACGAAACCGAAAGAGCUAACAGAGAUUGAGAGUCAGAUUGCACAAGAGAAUGCUCAGCGUGUCCAAAGCCCAAUAACAACCCAAUCAAAAUCUGCUAUAGUAAAAGCCAUGGAGGCUACUCUAAGCGCUGUAGCCACCCCAGAACAAGUAGUGGAAGAAAUCAAAUUUAAAAACAAAUCAGAGAUGGUGGACGCUUUCAAAAAAUUGCUAUCCGAGAAAAAAAUUGGUUCUAAUACAUCUUGGGAAAAUGCAUUGAAAAUUAUCCAAUCUGAUCCAAUUUUCUCGGCUCUCAAGGGUCUUUCUGAGAAGAAGCAAAUUUUCAAUCAGUACAAAACACAACGAGCAAAAGAAGAAAAAGAAGAACAACGGCAGAAACAAAAGAAAGCUAAAGAGGACCUAGAAACGUUUCUAGUUGAAAAUGAAAGAGUCCAUUCAAACUUAAAGUUUCGAAAAGCAGAACAAUUGUUUUUGGAUAGGCCUCAAUGGAGAGCAGUACAUGAAAGAGAUAGAAGAGAAGUCUUCCAAGAUGCUAUAGUGUUGGUUGCAAAAAGAGAGAAGGAGGAGGCGAAAAGACUGCGAAAACAGAAUAUAAAAAAGUUUUCUCAAAUACUGGACAAAAUGCCAGAUUUAACGUACAAAACAACAUGGACAGAAGCUCAACAAAUGCUUCUAGAUAAUACAGAGUUUACUGAAGAUCACGAACUUCAAAAUAUGGAUAAGGAGGAUGCAUUAAUAUGUUUCGAAGAUCACAUUAAAGAAUUGGAAAAAGAACACGAAGAAGAGAAAGAACAUAAGAAAAAAAUGUUAAAACGACAACAAAGAAAGAAUAGAGAAGGAUUUCUUGUAUUAUUAGACGAGCUACACGAAACUGGCCAAUUAAAUUCCAUGUCUUUAUGGAUGGAUUUAUACGUUGUUAUAUCACAAGAUCAAAGAUUUACAGCGAUGUUAGGACAAUCGGGCUCAACCCCUCUAGAUCUAUUUAAAUUUUACGUAGAAGAUUUGAAAGCUCGGUUCUACGAUGAGAAAAAAACAGUCAAAGAGAUACUGAAAGAUAAAAAGUUCACAGUAGAAAUAAAUACUAAAUUUGAGGAAAUGGCGACAAUAGUAUCCGUUGAUAAACGCUCAGAGAACUUGGACAAAGGAAAUUUAAAAUUAACGUAUAAUAGUUUAGUAGAAAAGGCAGAAGCUCGAGAAAAGGAAAGAGAGAAAGAAGAAGCAAGAAGAAUUAAAAAAAUUGAGAAUAAUUUUAAAAACUUGUUAGCAGAAUCUGAUCCAGCAAUUCAACCUCAAGAUUCAUGGCAGAGUGUCCGAAAUUUAUACGCGUCUCAUCCAGCUUUCACAGCCGUUGAUCUAGAGAGUGAUAGAGAAAGGUUUUUUAAAGAGUAUAUUCAUGCUUUACAAAACACUUGUUUCCAUCAACAUAAAGGUGGUAAUAAAGCUAAGAAGAAGUUAAAGAAGAGAUCUCGCUCCAACUCUAGAAGCAGUGGUUCUGAAGAAGAAAAUAGGAAGAAGAAAAAGAAAAAAAAAUGUCGCUCAAAAUCUCCUUCUGAGUCGCCUUCUGACUCGGCCGAGCAUGAUAAUAAGAGGCAUAAAAAAUCCAAAAAAAAGAAAAGUCGGAAAUCUAAAUCAUUAACUCCUGUUGUUCAUUCCGCAUCUGAGGAAGGAGAGCGUACGAAUUCAGAAAGUGAAUUAAGUGAAGGAGAACUGGAAAGAAGAAGACAAAAACUAUUACAAGAAUUAGAAGACGGUCAAAUUGCAUAACGGGAAAUAUUUAUCGUUAUUUAAACAAUUGGUUAAUUUUUCUUGUUCAUCUCUGACUUUAACUGUAAGGAAUCAGUUGUACGUUGGUUUUACUACCGUAAUGUUUGAUAAAAGUAAUGAAUGAUUGGUACCAAACAAAUUCUAACAAGGUAUAGUAAAAAUACACAGCUAUGAUAAACUAUGAUAACUAUGAUAAUUGGCUUGAGAAAUAGUGUUUUAAAUAGCCGAUUAAAUGUUUUUAAUGCCAUUUUUAGAGGCGAACUAAUUAUUCUUUUUUAGUCUAGUUUAUUUUUCGGGUUGACCAAAAAAUUCUUCGUUCGCUUAAAAUCAUAUGGUAAUAAUAGUAUUAUCUUCAGAUAUCCUGUACCUUCCAUACAGUUUUUGUAUACACGCUAUGAUCUUUAUUGUAUAUAAGUAAACACAUGGAGUAAUAAACGUAUUUCAAUUCAAAGAUUCGUUUUGCAGUGGGAACAAUUAACCAGUAAGGGGCAUAUGGAAACUUGACCAUAAGCUAACUAUUAAAAGAGAUCGCCUUAUAAAUAUAGUCUGUGCAUUGAAUAACUGACUCAAAUCUCUUUUUAAACGUUUUAUUGUUUUUUUUUUUAGUUUUAUUGGUUUUGCCUUCUUUGUGAUUAUUUUCCAUAAGCAUUGUUUAUUUUGUUUUUAAAAUAAAAUAACUCACUAUUACCUACAAACUGUUUUACCAUUGGCAUAAUUUUGCUUUCUAUAGAU